AUGCAUCGGCUAAUUUUGAGACUUCGUGGCUUCUUUCAGAGGAAGGCGGAGCCAAAGGAACAGAGAGAACAGCAGCAGAGGCUCUUGGGAGAUGAUACCACAUUAGAAAACCUGCAGGGAGUUGGGUCCUAUCGUGACUAUGGCUGUAUUAAUGAGCACAGCCUCUUUAGUGUUGAUGUCUCCACUGGCAACAAACCUCUGAAAGUUGAACAAAAAGUUCCUGCAGUUGUGGAAGAAGAUCAAACAACUCGUAGAUUGAACACAACUACAGUGGAUGCUUUUUGUGAUGACCAUGGUGAUGAGCCAUCAGAAUCUCACAAGACAGUUUUGCUUGGUUGUCUUACCUCUCUAAUGCGUGAUGCUGACUGCACUGAUCACGAUUUGUCCUUCUCUCUAGACAUUGUUUGUAAAGAUUUUGAACCUUAUAAUGGUGACCUGGUAGACAUUGAGUUUUCUGAGCAGGAAGACACACAGAGCAGAAGAGCCAUCUUGAUGAAGCCCAUGAAGCACUGUCACGUAAAUAAGGUCUGUAUUACCAGAGUAGAUGGAAGAACUGGGGUGUUAGAAGACACCAUCUUUUUCACCUUGGAUUCUCUUAAGCUUCCUUCUGGAUAUGUGCCUCAACAAGAUGAUAUUGUCAAUAUUGUUGCUGUGCAGAGCAUUCAGCCCAACUAUUUCUGGAGAGCAGUUGCAAUGACCCCGGUACAAGGAUUGUAG